AUGCACGACGCCUUCGAGCCGGUGCCGAUCCUGGAAAAGCUGCCUCUGCAGAUUGACUGCCUGGCUGCCUGGGAGGAAUGGCUUCUUGUUGGAACCAAACAGGGACAUCUUCUUCUCUACAGGAUUCGGAAGGAUGUCGGCUGCAACAGGUUUGAAGUGACACUAGAGAAAUCCAACAAGAACUUCUCCAAAAAGAUUCAGCAGAUCCAUGUGGUUUCCCAGUUUAAGAUUCUAGUCAGCUUGUUAGAAAAUAAUAUUUAUGUCCACGACCUAUUGACAUUUCAACAAAUCACUACAGUUUCAAAAGCAAAGGGAGCAUCGCUGUUCACAUGUGACCUCCAGCACAAGGAGACCGGUGAGGAGGUGUUGCGGAUGUGUGUGGCCGUGAAAAAGAAGCUGCAGCUCUAUUUCUGGAAGGACAGGGAGUUUCAUGAACUGCAGGGGGACUUUAGUGUACCAGACGUGCCCAAGUCCAUGGCAUGGUGUGAAAAUUCUAUCUGUGUGGGCUUCAAAAGAGACUACUAUCUCAUAAGGGUGGAUGGAAAGGGGUCUAUCAAAGAGCUCUUCCCAACAGGAAAACAGCUGGAGCCCUUGGUGGCCCCUCUGGCAGAUAGGAAAGUGGCCGUGGGUCAGGAUGACCUCACCGUGGUGCUCAACGAGGAGGGGAUCUGCACACAGAAAUGCGCCCUGAACUGGACGGACAUACCAGUGGCCAUGGAGCACCAGCCGCCCUACAUCAUUGCAGUGUUGCCUCGCUAUGUGGAGAUCCGAACACUUGAACCACGGCUCCUGGUCCAGAGCAUUGAAUUGCAAAGGCCUCGUUUCAUCACUUCAGGAGGAUCAAACAUUAUCUAUGUGGCCAGCAAUCAUUUUGUUUGGAGACUUAUUCCUGUCCCCAUGGCAACUCAGAUCCAACAGCUGCUCCAGGACAAACAGUUUGAAUUGGCUUUGCAGCUUGCAGAAAUGAAAGAUGACUCUGACAGUGAGAAGCAACAGCAGAUCCAUCACAUCAAAAACUUGUAUGCCUUCAACCUCUUCUGCCAGAAGCGUUUUGAUGAGUCCAUGCAGGUCUUUGCUAAGCUCGGCACAGAUCCUACCCAUGUGAUGGGCCUGUACCCGGACCUGCUGCCCACCGACUACAGGAAGCAGCUGCAGUAUCCUAACCCCCUGCCUGUGCUCUCCGGGGCUGAGUUGGAGAAGGGUCACUUAGCUCUGAUCGACUACCUGACACAGAAACGGAGCCAGUUGGUAAAGAAACUGAAUGACUCUGAUCACCAGUCUAGCACUUCCCCGCUCAUGGAGGGCACGCCCACCAUCAAAUCCAAGAAGAAGCUGCUGCAGAUCAUCGACACCACCCUGCUCAAGUGCUACCUCCAUACGAACGUGGCCCUGGUGGCCCCCCUGCUGCGCCUGGAGAACAACCACUGCCACAUCGAAGAGAGCGAGCAUGUGCUGAAGAAGGCCCACAAGUACAGCGAGCUCAUCAUCCUGUAUGAGAAGAAGGGGCUCCAUGAGAAAGCCCUGCAGGUGCUGGUGGACCAGUCCAAGAAGGCAAACUCGCCGCUGAAAGGCCACGAGAGGACGGUGCAGUAUCUGCAGCAUCUCGGCACAGAAAACCUGCAUUUGAUUUUUUCCUACUCAGUGUGGGUGCUGAGAGACUUCCCAGAGGAUGGCCUGAAGAUAUUCACCGAAGACCUCCCGGAGGUGGAGUCUCUGCCCCGGGACCGAGUGCUCCGCUUCCUGGUAGAGAAUUUCAAGGGCCUGGCUAUUCCUUAUCUGGAGCACAUCAUCCACGUUUGGGAGGAGACGGGCUCGCGGUUCCACAACUGCCUGAUCCAGCUGUACUGUGAGAAGGUGCAGGGGCUGAUGAAGGAGUAUCUGCUGGCCUUCCCUGCAGGCCAAACUCCAGUUCCCGCUGGAGAGGAAGAGGGUGAGCUGGGAGAAUAUCGACGGAAGCUCCUUAUGUUCUUGGAAAUUUCCAGCUACUAUGACCCAGGCCGGCUCAUCUGUGAUUUUCCUUUUGACGGCCUCCUGGAAGAGCGUGCGCUUCUGCUGGGGCGCAUGGGGAGACACGAGCAGGCCCUCUCCAUCUACGUCCACGUCCUGCAGGACACCAGGAUGGCCGAGGAGUACUGCCACAAGCAUUAUGACCAGAACAAAGAUGGCAACAAAGAUGUGUAUCUGUCCCUGCUCCGGAUGUACCUGUCGCCCCCCAGCGUUCACUGCCUGGGGCCCAUCAAGCUGGAGCUGCUGGAGCCCCAGGCCAACCUCCAGGCUGCCCUGCAGGUCCUCGAGCUGCACCACAGCAAACUGGACACCACCAAGGCCCUCAACCUUCUGCCGGCGAAUACUCAGAUUAAUGAGAUACGCAUCUUCCUGGAGAAAGUCUUGGAAGAAAAUGCGCAAAAGAAACGGUUCAAUCAAGUGCUCAAGAACCUUCUCCAUGCAGAGUUCCUGCGGGUCCAGGAAGAGCGGAUUUUACACCAGCAGGUGAAGUGCAUCAUCACGGAGGAGAAGGUGUGCAUGGUGUGUAAGAAGAAGAUUGGGAACAGCGCGUUUGCGAGAUACCCCAAUGGCGUGGUCGUGCACUACUUCUGUUCCAAAGAGGUAAACCCGGCGGACACCUGA